AUGAGGCUCCGCGGCUUCAGCCCAAUUAAAAUGAUCAACAAACAAACGGUCCGAACAAUCAUUAGUUCAAAUGAACCUGCAAUCGUAUUUAUGUCGCUGAAUGACGACAAUAUUUUCGAAACGAAAAUGUGGACUGAGGUCAAAUCGACAAAUCAACUACAGUACAAACACUCUCCGAUAACGCCAAAAAUGCAAAAAAAAAAUAAUGAUGCCUCCCAAGUCGUCGAGUUACUAAAAAAAACCGUUAUGCCGAGCUGUAUUGUGACUAUCGACAAAUAA